AACAAGAUGGCGGACCUUUCUUUGGACGAAUUAAUACGCCGACGCGGUUUAAACACAAGAGGAAUCAACAACAGGCUCGGAUUCCGCAGGGGUGGCGGAGCCGUAGGCCGGACGUUUGACGCACGACAGAAGAUCGGAGCAGUGGAUGUUAGGCAGAGACUGGGUGGAGGAGCAGCGUUCCAGGUGAAAGAUGCCAGAGAGAAACUUGGCCAAAAGGAUGCCCGCUUUCGAAUUAGAGGAGGGGGGGCAGGAGGAGGUGUUCAAGAUGCCAGGCAGAUGAUCAACUCCCGCAAACAGCAACAGCAACAGCAGCAAGGACAUAAACCAGUAGUCAGCACGGCACAGUUGCAAAUACAGAGCCAUCCACAGGUACACUUCCAGACACACGUGCCACAGAUACAGAUACAUAAUACCACCGCGAACGCAAAAGCAAGCAUCUCUUUUUCGACUGUGAAUUCCAACAAGUUCUCGCCACACCUUCAGGGAUUGAACCCUAGAGGGGGAGUUGCGUUGCAACAAGGCGCCGCGUCUCAGAAAGUCGUUGAUGCACGCGAUAGGCUCAGUCUCAAAAGGAGCAUUGCAGCCACACCAGCCAUGGGAUCGACGGCACCUUUCAAAAUCACCAAGACAAUUCAGCAAAAGCCAGUAGGAAUGACCAGUGGGGUCCGUAUCAACGUUCCCAGCAGGAACUCCCAGUCUCUCUCAGGUGACGAUGAUGUCAUUCCUAGCAAACAGAUGAAGAUCACUACUGCCAACACCUUUCUGCAUACACAGCCUGGUGCCCUCUCUGGUCCAAUCACUAAAGUGGUUCAGAAUGACAGCUACACAGCCCCCGCGCCCCUGGCAGCUGCAGUGCCCCAGAGGUCCAACCCCAAUCCGCCGGCCUCUCGCUCCGCGCCCCCUGCCUUGCAGCCGGUUUCGCGGACUGUGGCAGGAGCCCAGGCUCAGCACGCGGGGGUCAGCGGGGACGCCAGCUCGCACGCCGCCGCAGCACAGCCGGUUUUCAGUCCCUUGGAAGGGACCAAGAUGACUGUGAACAACCUUCACUCCCGAGUUACUGAGGAGGACAUUGUGGAGCUGUUCUGUGUGUGCGGUGCCUUGAAGCGAGCGCGACUCCUCAAGGUUGGGGUAGCUGAGGUGGUUUUUGUCAGGAAGGAAGAUGCUGUCACAGCAUACAGAAAAUACAACAACCGCUGCCUAGAUGGCCAGCCCAUGAAGUGCAAUCUCCACAUACAGGGAAAUGUCAUCACCUCAGAUCAGCCAAUUCUGCUGAGGCUCAGUGACACCCCAGGCAGUGGAGGCGGAGGAAGGAAAGACGGACUGCCCCCUUCUCUGUCUCGCCCCGGGGGCCGCUCUGCGUCCUCUCAGCCAACCCCAGAAGUCGACCCUCAGACCAUUCUGAAGGCUCUGUUCAAAUCCUCCUCUCAGACCCCCUCUACCACUGACUCCCCUAGUGCACAGGCCACUGCCUUCCGCAUCAAGAUUUAACACCACUCCCCACUGCUGUACACAUAACACACAUGCUUAUCUACAUCUGACAUACAUACACUGAUAUACAACCAACACCUACAUCAGUACACAGUACACACACACAUACAACACAUACACACAGUAUACAACACACAUCACACUUCUGUAUCAAAGUAUAAUGCACCCCUCAUACACUGACACAUUACAGACAAUGCACAGAGGUUAGUGCAUUCCACGUGGAAGCAUAAGACGACAUAAAGACUGAACAUGCGCACAUGCGCACACGCUCACAGACGUAGGAAUUCUGCAAAAUACAAGCGACUCACCAUUCAAAUAAAGGUGUAUCACAGAACCGACUGGAAUUACGCAGAACACAUACAACAGAGUUUUACACAACAAGAAAACAAGUGGCCAUCACAUAAGAUGGCACGAUAGAUAAACAGCAUACAUUAAAAAAAACACAUUAUUCAGCUGGGCAGAGUGUUAAACACUUUGACGGUUAUGUGUACAGUCCAGAUUAUUCUCUCGGCACACUGAGGAUUUCUUUGAUUAGAGGCUGGCCCCAGAGGUCACUGCGGUUGUUUAAAGGUUAUAUUCUUUACCAGCAUGUUUAUACAGACCGUGUUCAGAUAACUGAAACUGCAAGCGUGCCUCUUGUCCUGCUCAGCAGAAUUCGGCCCUUGUGUGCGUCGGCGUCCUGAUAGGUGGUGACAGAAGCCUUUGGGCGUGUUUGUGCAGUUAAGACAAAUGGAAGGAAGGCUGGAGAUGGCUUCGCACACUUGCAUACUGUAGAUGCACAAAUACAUGUGGUGUGUCUUAGAAUGGACCAAUUGAGGAGUUGCUGAUUUAAUGUCAAUUUUUAAUUGAUUCUAAAAAAAAUGUGCAUUAAUUAUAUAGAGGACAUUGUAGUUUGUGGCUAAGCAGUGGUUUGUAUCACAUGAUUCAUUUAAUAUAUGUUCAAAUUGUUCACAUUGAACACUGUCUUUGUGAAUCAUGUGAUAUUUGUGUGUUGUUUUUGCAGUAAUACACUGCUUGUCCUCAGAAAGGAGGGAUACCUAACCUGAUGAAUACAUGCAUACACUAUCAGGAAAAUGGUGGCUUGGGCCACACUGAUUUGUCAUGAUUUUUUACCAACACGCUGGCGCAUAAAUGGUGUGCAUGCACACAAAGCUACAGUUCAACAAUAACAGAAGUUCCCUCUAUUUUCUCUGUCCAUUAUUAUUUUUUUUUCUUUCAUUGCAUUCUGGUUGUUCUGUAGUUAUUGUGGCUGUUACUUACUCUGGAGUUUGUGAAGCAAAGUGCAUCAUGGCACGCUGAUUUAUUUUAUUUUAUUUUAUUUUUUCCUCCCCAAGCUGUUAAUGACUCAGUUACUACAACUGUCUGUCUGCCACACGUAACAAACAGUGUGGUCAAAUCUCUGUA